GCCCCUCCUCAGUCAGACUCCAUUUCCCACAAUGCCACUGCGCUCGUCCUUGUCAAACCUCACUGUGGUCAAGCUAACGUUAACUAACUGCCUCGGUCGCUCACAGGAGCAGUAACGGCAGAAAUAACAGCAUGGGCGACGCUCGUCACUUCAAGUCCCUGCAGAGCUAAUUAAUAUGUGAGUGUGUGGAAGACAGUGCCUUCAACACCUGGGGACAUUUUUACUUAGACGCAAGGUGAUUAUUAAAAAACCCACAAGGCUGUCGACGAGAGUAACAUUAACGUUAAUGAAGCAGCAAGCUAACAGCUAGCUAACGUUACUUGACCUGCUGUUUGGCUAACUUGGAAACAGUUUCCCAACAACCUGCUAGCGACUCGAAAUAACGCAGCAAUUGAAGGAUAUCAAAAACAGAAGUCUUCGUGCUGGUGUCAGAUUUAUAAGCUCUCAGCUCCUGGUGUUGCUGCUCCCCUCUGCCAGUGCUUGAAUUCAUGAGCACGCUCAGUGACAGCCGCACGUAGUCCUCGGGGAUGGGGAGAGGAGUACAGGAACAACGGGCAUCACACGCGCAGGGAGAAGUGCUGACGCUGGCUUCCUCCAGUCAGUCAGAAGUGCGCUAUGGGGGCCCGAAGCUCACGCGCUCUGUCCUCAACUCGCUCUUCUCUGGGGCUUUAGCAGGCGCUGUGGCCAAGACAGCUGUCGCCCCUCUGGACAGGACUAAAAUCAUUUUCCAAGUGUCUUCAGCAAGAUUCUCUGCUAAGGAGGCCUACAGAUUGAUCUACCGGACCUAUCUGAAGGAUGGCCUCCUCAGUCUGUGGAGGGGGAACUCUGCCACCAUGGUGCGAGUCAUCCCGUAUGCCGCCAUCCAGUUCUGUGCACACGAGCAGUACAAGGGGCUGUUGGGAGGCUACUACGGCUUUCAGGGGAAAGCCCUUCCUCUAAUUCCCAGAUUUCUUGCCGGGUCUAUGGCUGGUUUGACAGCAGCCAUGCUGACCUAUCCUCUGGACAUGGUGCGAGCUAGGAUGGCUGUAACACCAAAGGAAAUGUACAGUAACAUCCUGCACGUGUUUAUGCGAAUAACCCGAGAAGAGGGCCCGAAGACAUUGUAUCGAGGCUUCACUCCCACCAUGCUGGGUGUUAUUCCCUACGCUGGUCUCAGCUUUUUUACCUAUGACACAUUGAAGAAAAUACAUGCAGAGCACAGCGGGCGCUCACAGCCCUACACACAUGAACGUCUAGCAUUUGGAGCCUGUGCUGGUCUUAUUGGCCAGUCAGCGUCUUACCCUCUGGAUGUGGUGCGACGCCGCAUGCAGACUGCGGGAGUCACGGGUCACACUUACGGCACCAUCCUGGGCACCAUGAGGGAGAUUGUGUCUGAAGAAGGGAUCGUCCGUGGACUCUACAAAGGUCUCAGUAUGAACUGGGUGAAAGGGCCCAUGGCGGUGGGCAUCAGCUUCACCACCUUUGACCUUACUCAGAUCCUCCUGAGGAAGCUGGAGCAAAUGGGUUAUACGGCACGAUAAUAAUGAUAGAGGUAGAGGAAAAUGGGGGGUAACAGGAAGAGAAGCUCCCCAUACAUACACCCUGUGAAGAGAAAAGAAGUGAGAGAGUGACGAGUUUGUUUCGUUGCAUAAAAGCGAAACACACACUCGCUCAGGAUGCGUGAUAUUAAUGUAUUCUCUCGCUUUAUCUGUGUGCAGCGGGGAAUGCACAGUCCCUACAGGCAUGAGGUAUGUUGGACGGUACAGAGUACCUGUACACACUGUUGUCCUGUACAGCUAAGUGCAAUAUGCUCAGUGAUUUUAUGUGUUUGUGCGUACACAUAAAUUAUAACGCUCCUGCCGUCGUGGACCAGGCCUGCAAGUGUAUUUGCCAGUCUAAGAGCUUCACACACACACACACACUGAAGCCUCCCAACUGCCUUGUGUGUCUGCUUAAAACUGACACCUUCCAAUGCAAUGCUGGUUGCCAUUCAUUUAUUAACUUUUUAAGAUGCAUUUGAUUUAAUAACGGUAAAAUUUGCCCCCUUGAGAUUGGUUUUAUUGUGAGUGCGUUUGUUUUAAGGAAUUAUACCAAAGGUUAUGAUAUGAGUUAAUCGUAGAUGAUAUGAUGUUAGUGGUGUUUGUAUAUUUAAGCACAAAAGUUCUCAGAGUACAACUACAUAGCAAAAAUCUUGCCUAGCAGAGAGGUAACAGCAUUGUUACUGCCGUCAUAUGGUCCGUUUUUCUUUGAGUUGAAUAUAUUGAAAUCACUAUGACUCCAGUUUCUGAGUGGAGCACUCCAAGACUGACUUUUAUUUGUACAGCAGAUAAAUGAGCUGGAUUUUAUGCCAGUGCCAACAGAUGUGAAGUACAAAGAGUGCCCAUAUGAUUUUAUUUGUUUUCACUGUGAUCAUGUCAUGUGUUUUUUGUUUUUGUUUUGUUUUUUAUUUUGUCAAUUGUGAUAGAGAGUUUUGUUAUUUGAAUUAUUAAUACACAUGAUUAGACAGAUUUCAGCGCUAGUUGGGAAUGCUAGCUGAAAGUAACUGACAUUUAGUCGCAUGUAACGCACAUCAAGCAAUGUAACAGGUUAUUUUCCAAAUGUGAAAUCAUAAACACUGAAUUAACAGUUUAGUAGCAACUAAUGUUUUAAAUUUGAAACAGUACUAGUGUAAAAAAAAAACAAUCCUUGAUACAUCUGACACCACCGCUAAAAGGAGAAAUAAAACUAGGUACACAAAAUAUUAUAUUUUUUCUUUUUUAAAAUAACAACCAUCACACUGCUGGUACAGCCUGAUCUCAGAAUUGCGUGAAAUGGACACGAAGCCUUAACAACGCAUUAUAUGGUGAUGGGCGCACAAUAUGUUAAAGUCACGUGCUGGUGACACAAAAACGAUGCUAAUGCAAAGUCAGUUAAGAUCUUUUGUCAUGGUGGACACAUGGAUUCAGUAUCGAGCGAGAAAGUCUGCGUAGGGCAGGCCCACGGGAAGUGUGUCUGGCUUUGAAGCCAGUUUUUGUAGUGGCCAAACAGUGGAAUUACAACUCCAGAGUCUGCACAUAAUGCAGUUGGCCACUAAGACUUGCCCACAUACUAACAUUGGGAAAGAGACGUCUAUUUAUCAGUGGAUACAUUUUUUGUAGCGUCACAACCCUCGUGAAAUGACUCCUUUCAACGUCAGGAUUUAAUCCAUUCAGUCAGAUAACAUUUGGCAAGUCUAGCAGAGCCGUUUGAUUAAUUCAUUUUAUUUCCAUUCCAGUUAGUGGUGCACUAAAUCAGAAGUGGCUGGUUCGGCCAGCAGAAGUCUGGUGCGCUUGGUUUAUGGGCCCAGUGAUGCAUACGUGCCGAUCAUUCAGGUGAUUUCAUACCACGGGAAUAGGGCUUUUUUGGCUUCAUGCGCCACUGAGCAACUUUCAUAUCUCUUAAUACAUGCAUAGCAAAGGGUGGGUAGGAGCAGCGGUGGAUGGGUCAAACAAACAUGGACUUUCAACCAGGAGACUGCUGUUUGUGCCCAGUUUGAAACCAAAAGUCAGCGUAGUGACUGGAAUUUACAGAUUUAACAGAACUACACAAAGUACUUUAUAUUGGUACUUUACACAGGUACUGCUUUAUGUAACUAUUCAAAGUACAUAACUUGACAUCACCUACGCCCUGUACAAAGUUAUUUCAACCAAAACCUCGAUCUUUUCCGUAACCAAGUAUUCCUUUGGUUCUCUAAACCUAACCAAGCUUUUUCCUUUCCCUUAACCUAACCAAACUGCAGCUGCUUUUUUGCAUUGGCAUUGUUUUCAUGUUGCCAGCACGCAACUUUAACACAUUUGGUGCCCACCACCACUUUCAGUUUAGUUUAUUAGUUUAUUUACAGUAACAGGGACCAUGCAUAAUACAAUUGUCAAGCCAGAGUUAGCUAUAUAGCUAAUUAGCAUCUUCAGUUCCUGGACAGGAAAAUAUUAAAAGACAAUACAGAUAAAGAUUAAAAGUUUGCAAAUUUAUAAACAGUACAUCACAUAUAAAAUGUAUAUAUGUUAUAUAGUCUUGGAAAACAGUUUAUUCCAUUCACAGGUUCAGAUCAGUGAUCACAUGAUUGAUUUGUCUUGAACAAUGGUUUGAAUGUCGUUUUAAAAAUACUCAAACUUGUCCAUUCUCUGAUUUAGAUGGGAAUUAAGUUCCAUUUAUCUUCUGCACUAACUAAAAAUGCUAAAUGUCUGAAAGCAGUUUUCCUAAAUUUAGCCGAGCAGUCCCCUCUGGCUGAUGCUCUGAUGUCCCUAGCAUUGUCCCUGCAGAAUGACACACAUUAACAGUGUAGUGCGUUGUUUAGAAGGUCAUGUCCAUUUCAUGUAUCUCUAACAGACUGUGUUGGCUGGUUGUAGAUCUGUUUUGUUUUUAUGUUCUUUAAUAGCUUCAGAAUUUUUGAUAUUAUCGGAUGUUUAAUUGACAGAGAUCGAAUCAUUUUAAACAAGCGGUUUUCAAAAAUUAUCAAGGUAUCAUUACUUUUGACAGCCUCAGUAGGAACACAUGUAACAUCUAAAUCAAUACAACAACCGUGCAGUGAGUACUACCUGUAUGAAGUGUACAAUAUUCUGUGGUUGAUGCUGUGCGAGAGGUGUCGCUUUAGUCGUGUUGUUUUGGAUAUCGAUAUGUUGAGAGGUGUUUAUAAUAUUAUGUCCCAUAUGUCACUGAUACAGAUGCGCACAGCGUCACAUCGAGUACACAAAUGUUGUCUUCCAUUUGCUGUUGGUUCAGCAGCUGCAGGGGGUUUGCUCGGCACAUGUCAUAGAGCUGUAGCAGUAUUUGCUAAUGGAUUAGCUUGACUGGAAUUAUGCACACACAUAGUGAAGAAAUCGCUUGAGCUCUGUGUUACAGGCAUGAUCGAGUAUAUUUUAGUGUUUGCAGUGUUGUACAUUACCUCAAAACGUAAAUCAAACGCUCAUGAAAUCCUCACAUAUCUGUGUGUUAUGUUGAGCAGUGCUAAGAAUGGAAAUAGCUGCUCGGUUGUCAUUUGUAUGUGAGACAGUUUGAACAGUAUUGAUGCAGGUUCACAGGUGUUGAAGAGUGUCAAUAGUUUCUAUACUUAGAGCGCACAUGCUGAGGGAGCAGCUGAGUGCAGAGCCAGGUGGGGCAGAGGGCAGGAGAGUGUCAUCCUCACCAGAAUAAAGCAUGAUGUUUUCUCCACUACACAAGCUCAAGUUAGUUUAAACCCACCCUGAAGGAACUCAAAAAACAAUAGUGCAAUAUUAAAGGUAAACUAUGCAGGAAAUGCCGGUUACUUUUUGUAAACUGAGCCCCUCCUCAAUAAACUGCUAGUACACACACUGCAAGCUACUACUCUAAGAACGUCAUAUUUGUUGUGCUAAUAGAAAGCUAACUAAACUAACCGCCAACACCUACCUGUCCAGCAGAAAACAGGCAAACCCUGUGUUGCUCUGCGUCCCCAUUAUUUCCUUCAGUGCUCAUCAGCCAAAGUCAAAGCCAACCCCAGACUCAGUCAUUUUGCAGCAAGCUCUGUCUGCGAUCUCUCUUAACCGUCUUUUGAAUUUGUGCUGCUGCUACGUGGUCGCUACCUUUUUUAUAAAGUCCAGACCAAAGCAACAGGACGUCGCAGACAUGAGAAAAUAUGGACGGGGCGCAGGGUCACCACCACAUACUUCUAAUGGGUCAUAAGUGAUGGUUGCAGCGGACUAUUUUUGUAUGAGCCUCUACAUUGUUUAUUAGGAAAACCCUGCAUAGUAUACCUUUAAUGAUAUUGUUAUAUUAUAUUAAAAAAACUCUACUAGGGCUUCACUACUGAGCUUUAAAUACAGAUUAAUCUAUACAUUAUUUUAAUUAUCAAAGUGUCCGUUAACAUUGCUUACUGUCUGUGUUCUGACCAGCAGACAAACAACUCAAACUAUUCAGUGCUGUAGAAAAGGAGCAUUUUAAAUGUGUGAAUCUUGAAUCAUUUAAUAUCUUUGCUAUUUAGAAGAUUAAUUGAUUAUUAAAUUGGAAUUGAUACAUUUAUUUGUCCAUUAAAGGAGCUGUAUGCGACAUUCAGAGCAUAUAUAUGCUUCAGAGUCUGGGGCGAGAUUGUCUGCACAGGGCUCUCGGAUUUGAUUUUUCCCUAACCAAUCAGUAGAGAUCAACGACUCACCCAGAAUCUGACGUCAUUAGUAUCCAUGCCUCGGGGGUGCCGAAAACAAGCGAGCAUUGCCACAUUAAAAUAUCUCCGUCGUCGUGCACACCCAGCUGCAUCACCGUUAAAUCCAGUUUAGCAGCUUCCUUAAUUUGGUCCUCCAUUAACGCGAGUAGUGGCGAAAUACCUCGACAGCAUCGUUAAUGUGGUCUGUAGGAUCUGUAGCGGUCGCCAUUGUUGCUAUCCUCACCAGUUACCCACCGGCGUACAGCUUGACAUCAGCAUGGCGCUGAUUGGCUAAUCGCUAGACCUGCCCCUACCCCCGGCGUUCAUUGGUCCGUCCAUCGUUUGGACGAGAUAAAUCGCAAUUUCAUUGCAGUAUGCCAGACCAGAGAUGCAAGCCUACUGAGUUGAGUGGGCGGGGUCUAUGGUCUGGAACCAGGCUAGGGGGAACUGGAAGGUGAGCACUUUGCUUCGGCAAUGACACUGCUGUAACCGACGUAAGAGGGCAGUUCGGAGUGGCGGUGAUGAGCUAGUCAGUGUCAUGCAGGACUGUCUUCCACAAAAAGCCGAGAAGCUGGGAUUACAACACACACAGAGGGAGUGUGACUUAAUUCUCUGCUCAGGACUCUAUUACCUCACUAUAUCUUUACAUAGCAAUUAGUUUUUUGCUGAAAUAUUAAUUCUCUGAAUGUCGUAUACAGCUCCUUAAGCAAUCAUUUUAUCGACUGAUUAUUUCUGUUCUAGGACUUGGUAUAUAAUGUUAAUCAUUGUUGCACUAAUACCACAACAAUACUUUUUUGAUAUGUUACUUAGAGGAAUGCAAAUAUUUUUUCAAACUUUUUUUGUUUGUUUAACAAAGGGCCAAACUUCUCAAAUGUCAAAUAUGUUUAAAAACAAGCAGCAUAGGAAACAUAGUCUGAAUAAACUAGUUUAAAAUUGGUAAAUUAAUUAUUGAAGUAAGAAAAUAUCCCAUCAUAUAUGAGUGAAGAAUACCAUUUGGGUCAGCCCCAAAAAAGUUUUGAGAUUCGAUACUCAGCCCAGUAGGCAACUGGUUCCCAAGCAGGGGUCCUGACCCCCACUAGGGGUCGCCAAAAGCUUCACGGGAGCGUCGAGAAGCCUUGAUAAAAUCAUACAGUAGGCCUGUAUCUCAGCAUUUAAUUCAUCUCUCUGAUGCAAACCAAAUGAAAUCAUUUCAAAGUUUAGAUUAUUAUUCAAGAUAUAAAUAGAGCCGUCAGUCUCUGCCGAACAGCCUCAUCCUGCUUUAGAAACGUAUGCAGUUAAAACAACCAAAGAGCUGAUAGAACAAUGGCCAAGCAAAAGGAGAAGAAAACAGUUAGUUUGUCUAAAAAGAAGCCUAUUAAGUAUGUAUGUCAAAAAAGUAGAGUAUUAUAAAAGAGUAAAAAGAGUAUUAUAUUAAAAGUUUCUACAAAUAUUAGGAAGACUCAUCUGUGAUAUUUGCAGGAAAAAUUCUGCUCGAAAUUCAUCCAAAUUGCUCGAGUUACACAAACGUCCUGCAGUUAUUCUAUUCAAUAUUUGGGUUAACUGUACAGUUUAUCAGUUGUUCUGCACUGUUAUUGUUCUGUAUUUAAUAGAAUAUGAAAUAUCUGUAAGAUACGUCCUUGAGUCAGGGGUCGUCAGUUUACUGAGUGAUAGAAAAAGGGCUUCUUAAGCAAGAAGUUUAGGGACUACCGCAGCUACUUCACUAAACUCUGCUCUCCCCUGACGGGCCUGUCUGACCAUCAUCAAUUUGUUUGAUGUUUUUAUUGUUUUCUUCUUCUUCAGUGAAUCAGGAGGAUUGUAGCAGUGCUCUGAUGACACACACAUAAACACAUAUAUUAUUCUAAUCAGCAAACAGUGGUGAUGCAUUCAUGUUAACAACAGAUGCAAGUCUAGUCUUUUAAUAUCAGUGUGUAAUCUUUACGUCUUGCCUUUGUUAAUAGUUUGAAAAUAUGUGUAGCUGAGUUUUGAUCAAUGACAGCUUGAAACCUGCACAUGCUCUGAGCUGAAGCGUGCACGAAUGCUGCAUAGCAGAAAGUACACAGUAACCGAAAGCUGAGUGAAGGGUAGUUACUGACUCAAGUGCCUGGCGAGGAAUAGUAACGUUUCUACUAUGACUGAGCUACUUCUACUAACCUUUUUGAAGGUUGCUUCCAUUUUCUAGCCUUUGCUUCGGUCUUGAAGUUCCGAGUAUUUGAGGGACAGCAGUGGGGGGUUUGAAGUUUGGGAUUGUGAGACCUCUGUGACUGAAUGUAUAACUUCAGCUCCAGUUUUUGUAUGUGAAUUUUGUAAAGCUAUAAAACUGCCUUGCAGGGUUUUGCUGUCUAGGGUGAAAUGCAUGACCCUUGGCUCCCUAGCAGACUCCAACCCAUCCAUUCCAACCAGACUAGGACUAAUUUGAAAGUUAAUGGUUAUUUGAACCCUGAUUUCAAUUGGAAGAGCUUUGUAAUCUUAUCAUCCACCUAUUGAUCCAACUAUAGAUCAAAGGAGAUGGAUAAAUACAUGAUGAAAUACACAACCCAGACAAUCAUGAAAUGCCAAAAAAGUACAUAUUUAGUUGUGAACCUGACAGUGGCUUAAUAAUGAGGAAUACUGACACACUACAGAAACAAAACUUGGAAAAAAACAGAUUUUAUUUGCUCUCUUAAAAGCAAAUUUAGUUGUUUUAACCUUAUUUGUAGGUAAGUGACGUGCAAACAAACGAUGCUACUGUGUUUGCAUGUUUCAACGGAUCACCUUGUGUCGUUUUUGUUUCAGUGCAGCAGUGAUGCAGCGGCUGUUUUGUCAAUCCCAGUGAUUUGUGCCAACUGAAUGUAACCGUACCUACACCCUGUGUCCGGUCUCUAGUGAUGAUGGUGUAUCUGUAGGAAAGUUUUCAAAUAAAACUGGAUGUUAACAACACAUUGAUGCUCGUUUUUUUCUAUUCUACUGUUCUGAUCCUGUCCUUGAAUGUUUGUACUUAUGGAGUUUCUUUUGG